GAUGGUCCUAACAUGGGCUGCGUGCCGACCACACCGAAGGUUCACACGGACAUAUCGUCACCAUUUCCCCAACAGAUGGCGUGGCAAUCAGCAGUCAAAGGCGAGACGCUGGUGGCGGCACUUGCGCGGCUCGACGAUGAGAUCGCGAGCAGCGAACGCACAUACCCCGCCGCCAGGCUUGCUGUUGUAUCCGCCGAACUUACUAGCAUACAGGAGGAAAUCAAAAGUUUCGAGGACGCCACAUUUACGAUGACGAACAAAGACAGUUACGCCAAGACGAUUCAUCAGGUUUUCGUCAGCUUGGACAUAUACAGACGUCCGGUGCUCGCGUCAGAAAAUGAAGACUUCGUGGCUAAUAUUAAUCGGAAGGAAAUGCGUCGACUGGAGCUGAGCUGGCUACAGACACGGCUGGGAGAACUUCAACGAGAGCGCCGCACUCUACACGCUCAGAUUCUGCGCACGCGCUCCCUUUACGCGCAACUGCAGCAGCUACUAGAUAGCGUCUGGGCCAAUACUCUACGUCCCGGCACGCCGCUCGAAGAUGCGCUAUCACGCGCUCGCGGGCUGCGAGACGCGCUGGCGGCAGUCAGCGCGCGUCUUCGCGCCGCGGCCGAAUACGCGCAUGCUGCUGUGCGGUUGCUGGACGACGCGCUGCCGGCUUGGAAGCUUAGCGGCGUGGGCAAAACUGGUUGGGAGCGCACAGCAGCUUGCGCCGACGCAUGCAGACUAUUCGUCCAGGCGCGAUGCCUCGAGCGCGGAGCGCGGCGCGUACUUUCAGCGCCCGCAGCUCCCCGCGCUGCUCGCGCCCUGCGACUAGCACUAGACUACGCGUUCACAGAUACGUCACAUGACUAUAAGUACCAAAGGGCUACGGAGAUAUUUGUACAGUUUAAAGAAGCACUCGUGCAAAUGAUCAACUCCAUUCAUCAAGUGCUCCUCACCAACCUGGAGAACCUGGCGCUGGCGGCGAAAGACGUAAAGGAACGGCGACGGGAACUGCGGGCCGCGAGAGUCAACGCCAUUGCUGGGAAGGGAUUGGCGGAUCUGCAAUAUGAGCCACUAAAAAAUCCCCAAUAGAUAUUCCAAUCGUCCAACUCCUAUGUCUAUACUGCUCAUAAAGCUACUUGUAUUAUUAUUUGGUAUGCAGGUGCUCCUAAUCAACUUGGAGCAUCUGGUCCUUAGUGGCGAAAGACGCGAAGGAGCGGCGACGGGAACUGCGAGCCGCGAGACUCAACAUCAUUGUGUUGAAAGGGAUUUGUUGGAUCUGCGAUAUGAGCCU